AUGACGAGAGUUCCUGCUGGGUUCCUGGGCCCCCUCCACGACUGUUGGGACACCACCGUGCUCAUCUUAGAAGACUCCUUCAACACGCCGAAUGAAAUCACCAUCUUACCUGAGGGAAAGUCGGUGCAGAUGCGGCUGAUGGCAGACACAGGAGCUGACGUGACCAUCAUCCCCCAGGCGAGGUGGCCCAGCGACUGGGAGCUUGUGCCCCCUUGCGGUGACGGAGACCUCGCCUCACCACGCAAGCUGACACCUGCCGCGCGGGAAGCCCUGGGACGGGUUGCUGCUGCUCUGAAGUCUCGCCAGGCACACCGCGUGGUCCGGACCCUUCCCGUGAACUUCGCGGUGUUGGACGCUGAGGAUGACUGCCGCCUUGAGGACACCUCUGAAACAUCUGAUGCUCCUGCUCGUCAUCAUCUGGCUGUCACCGGUCAGGAGCUGGAUAGUCCCACAGCCGAGAGAAAACAUAUGGGUCACGCUGGCGAAGUCCUUGAAGCAGGACAACUUCUGCAUGGCCAUGGGAAGUGUGGACAAUCCACGUGCCUGGUAGGAGUGCCCCUGUCGCCAAACGACUAUCCAUAUGCAGGAAAAAAACCUAAUCCUGUGGACACCUGGGAUGCGUGGACGAGGAUUCUGCCACAUGCACCACAGGAGCCCCAAGAAUUGGACCUAUUGGGCUCCUCUCAGGCAACAUAUUGUGUCAGGUUUAGGUACCAGCCCUCCCAGAAAGACUGGGAUCAAAUGGCUAAACUCCACCCCGCUGGUACCCAAGAAGUAAAAAGACACGAUGUAUCUCCCCACGAUGGGAGAUACCAUGCAGCAAAUUGGUGCAAUUACACCUCGACCAUCCUAUCUAGGUCCUCCUCAGUUCCUAGGGUGCUCCCCAGGGGGGUUUUUCUCAUCUGCGGCCACAGGGUGUGGGCAGAGAUUCCCUCCCAAAUCCAGGGAGGCCCCUGCAGCCUUGGCCAGUUUACCACACUGACACCGAACAAAACCCAAAUUUUAAAUUGGAAAAACGAAAAUAAAUUGGCUCGCAAAAAGAGAUCCUAUAACCAAUUUGACGAAAAUUGUGAUUCAAAAAUUUACAACUGGGGAAAGAUGAAGAGAGUUGCGGUAUCCAUAUUUUUACCGUGGUAUGCCACAGCAAAGGCCCUCGGUAAGCUUUCUCACCUCGAGUGUUGGCUCAGUAAGCAGGCCAGCGCCAUGUCCGCUGCCCUUUCUGACGUGCUAGUGGACGAAGAAGUCACCCGGCACGCCACACUGCAAAAUAGGGCUGCUAUUGACUUCUUACUGCUUGCCCAUGGCCACAGCUGUGAGUACUUCGAAGGAAUGUGCUGCUUCAAUCUGGCAUCAAAGAGCACAUCCAUCCAAGCUAAUAUCCAGCGGAUCCGAGAGCAAGUUGACGACAUCAAGACUGAGACCUCGACUGUAGACCCUGUGAAUAAACUGCUAUCUCAAUGGGGUGUCCCAGGGUGGGUUGCGAUCAUCCUCAGGGGACUCUUUUGGAUCUUUCUGAUAAUGUUCAUGAUCUCGCUUGCUUUAUUUUUGUUUAAACGUAUGUGGCUUAAAAUGUUGGGAAAUGCAUAUUUAAUAAAUAAAAACGGGGGAGAUGUAGGAGGAGGGGUUGGGGAAGGCAGUCUAGGGUUGCCAUGGGAAACAGCAGUUGUAUGAGUUCCCCACCCCCUUUUGUAAGAGAAUUGUACCCUCCCCCUGUCCUGUCAGUUAUUGUUCAAGUCUGCCCCUUAGCCUAGAAUCUUCUCUGUUCCACGUUUUCCCUUUGGUUCUUCCACCAAGAACACUCCUUUCCCUUUUCCCCACUGGUUAAUGUUAUAUCUCCCCUCCCUUUAGCCUUCUCCCGAUUGUACCCUCGAAUGCUAAACCCUCCUACCCCUACGCAGUAAAAGAAUCCUCACCCCGCCCUUCGGGGCUCUCGGAAUCUGCCUCCCUUCUGCUUUGUUGUCUCCCUGUCCGCCCCUUCUGCGACCCUUCAAUAAACGAGCAGGAUUUCAGCAGCCCGAGUGUCCCUCCCAUUCUUCUGGUGGACCCUCAGAUGUACCAGCUAUCCGAGCUUCGUGCUGAGAGGCUAAAAGCCCCCGCAGCUCGGCAACAAAUCAUGAAUCUCCCCCUCAAGAGUGGGGCUGGGACCCGCAGAAAUGGGGCUGGGACCCCCAGAGACCCCUCCCCAUGGUCUUUGGACCACCCAGAAUGGGGCUGGGACCACCAGACACCUCUCACCAUGGACCUGGGACCCCCAGAGACCCCUGCCCAUAGGGCUGGGACCCCA